AUGGGUGGAAGUUCUUCACAAUCAUUAGCUGAAUUAAGCGAAGAGGAUAUCAAAUUUAUUUCUAGUCGAGCUAAAAUCGAUCACGAGAGCGUCACAAUUUGGUACGAUAAACUAAAAGCAGCAUGUCCAAACGGGAAAAUUUCCAAAUCAGAUACAGUCAGUUUUCUACGAAGUAUUAACAGUGGUAAAGAAGAACAAAUUGAUCAAUUAGCAACAGAUAUUCACAAAGCAUUCGAUGCCAAUAACGAUGGCAUUGUCGAUCUACGCGAGUUUUUAAUCGGUUUUGCUUUAACGUCAACUGGAAGUGUACGCGAAAGGUUGAAAUAUGUCUUUCGAACAUACGAUCAUGAUCAUAAUGGAGUAAUUAACAAGAAAGAAAUUGAUCGGAUGGUGAAAAUUGUCAUGCGACUUCACGCGAAAGAUGAUCCGGAAAAUACGACGCGUAUUGUGAAGGAAUUACAAGCAUCAUUGGAACAGUUUAAUGAAGGAAAAGAUCUCGAUCAUAUUGAAUUACGCUCGAAAGAUUUCAUUAAAUUACUAAUGGAAAACAAAGAAUUCUGUGAAUUACUUUCUCCGUUCAAUAUCGAUCAGCCUCAUACGAAAGUGGUCAGUUAA